AUGUCAACUGUAGAUAGAUCAUCAUUGGAUACUUCCAAUACAGCACCAUUGGUGGAUGCUGCCACAUCAAUUCAUGAAUCCGAAACGGACUCUUUAAAUAUUGAAGUACAAAAAUUCGAACCCGAAGAAGCUUUACCCGAAGAGCAUCAUGAAUUAAGUAGAACUCCUUCAAUGUUAGAAAGAAUUUCCACCAGAUUAUCAUUUUUCAACCCCCAUUUAAAAAAUGAAAGAACCAAUUUAGUAAGACAAUAUUUAACCAUCUAUUUAUUGAUGUUUGUAGCUAUUUUAGGGAUAUUCUCAAUUUACUGGGGUUCUUCUUAUAGAAGACAAACCAGAUAUCCAAAUUUAAAGAUGUUAGUAGUUAUUGAAGAUGACGAAUCAUUUGGUGGUCAUGAUCCAAUAAUUGGUGAUACCAUAAGGAAUAUCUUAAAUACCCCACAAGCUCAACAAUUAGGUGGUUGGAAAAUUCAAAAUACCACUGAAUUCAGACAAGAAGCUGAAAAGCACAAUAACACAGUUUUUGAAGAAGUAGAAAGACAAAUCCAUCAUCAAUUAUAUUGGUCAUCCAUUUAUGUAGCUAAAAAUGCUACUGGUCAAUAUUAUGAUUACAUUAUGAAUGAAGAUUCAACCACCAAUCUUUCAUCAUUGAUCGUUUCCGUUUAUGAAACUGGAAGAGAUUUCCUUAACAUGAAUUCUUAUGUUACACCAAAUGUCGCAAAGAUUGGAUCUAUGUGGUUAAGAAGUCAAAAUAACUUAUCGGAAUUGUUUUCUGAUGAAACUUUCAAUGUUCAACAAGCAACUAAAUUAUCCACACCAAUUGCCUUCACUUUGGAUGAUAAAAGACCCUUCACUGAUCCUGUUUUAGUGGCACCUUCUCAAGUUGGUCUUAUUUAUAUUAUCAUCUUAACAUUCUUCCAAGUUAAUUUGUUUGGUGAAGUCAAUCAGAAAGUCGCCAAGUUGAAUUUAAAACCUUCACAUUUUGUCAUUUACAGAUUAUUAGGAUCAUACAUCUCAUAUUUUGUCAUUAGUUUAGGUUAUUCAUUAGUUACUUUAGCUUUCCAAGUUGAUUUCAAUAAAGCUUUUGGUAAAUCAGGAUUCUUAGUUUAUUGGAUGUUUAGUUAUCUUACAAUGAUUUCUGUAGGGUUAGUUAAUGAAGUGAUGUUUAUGGUAUUAUUAAUGUUUGCACCAUUUUUAGUUGGGUUCUGGUUAUUAUUCUGGGUUUUGAUUAAUAUCUCCCCAACUUUUGCUCCAAUUGCUUUAGUACCAAAAUUCUAUAGAUUCGGUUAUGCUAUGCCAAUUCAUAAUUCUUAUGAAUUAACCAAAGUGGUGUUCUUUGACACUUAUAAGGGACAAAUGGGUAGAAAUAUUGGAAUCUUGGUGGCUUGGAUAGUGAUAUCAACCAUUGCUUAUGUUGCCAUAUUGAAACCUUUUGGUAUGACUAUGAGAGACAGAGCCAUUAAAGCUAAACAAGCAGAAAUGGCAACUCAAGAAAAAGUUGCUAAAGCUACUGCUGAAGAGGCAAAGGGACAAGUUUAA